ACUUCUCUCUCAGAGAGAGAGAGAGUAACCAUAGCCAUGGCUUUGCUAGUAGAGAAGACCACCAGUGGGCGGGAGUACAAGGUGAAGGACAUGUCCCAGGCGGACUUCGGCCGCCUUGAGAUCGAGCUGGCCGAGGUCGAAAUGCCCGGGCUCAUGUCGUGCCGGGCGGAGUUCGGCGCGUCCCAGCCGUUCAAGGGGGCCAGGAUCACCGGAUCCCUCCACAUGACCAUCCAGACCGCCGUCCUCAUCGAAACCCUCACCGCCCUCGGCGCCGAGGUCCGUUGGUGUUCCUGCAACAUCUUCUCCACCCAAGACCACGCGGCGGCUGCCAUCGCUCGCGACUCAGCUGCUGUGUUCGCCUGGAAGGGAGAGACCCUCCAGGAGUACUGGUGGUGCACAGAGCGGGCGCUCGACUGGGGCCCAGGCGGCGGACCGGAUCUGAUUGUUGAUGAUGGCGGAGAUGCCACUCUUCUUAUUCAUGAAGGGGUUAAGGCAGAGGAGGAGUAUGAGAAGAACGGGAAGAUCCCCGAUCCGAAUUCGACGGAUAAUGUUGAGUUCCAGCUUGUUCUGGGUUUGAUCCGUGAUGGCUUGAAGACGGAUCCCAAGAAGUAUCACAAGAUGAAGGAGAGGCUAGUGGGAGUCUCGGAGGAGACUACGACUGGCGUCAAGAGGCUUUACCAGAUGCAGGCUAGUGGGACCUUGUUGUUCCCUGCUAUCAAUGUCAAUGACUCUGUCACCAAGAGCAAGUUUGACAACUUAUACGGAUGCCGCCACUCCCUCCCUGAUGGUCUGAUGAGAGCCACUGAUGUCAUGAUUGCAGGCAAGAUUGCUGUUGUCUCCGGCUAUGGUGAUGUUGGCAAGGGCUGUGCUGCUGCCAUGAAACAAGCUGGAGCUCGCGUGAUUGUGACAGAAAUCGACCCCAUCUGUGCCCUUCAGGCCCUCAUGGAAGGCCUCCAAGUCCUAACCCUUGAAGACGUGGUCUCAGAGGCCGACAUCUUUGUCACCACCACUGGCAACAAGGACAUCAUAAUGGUUGACCACAUGAGGAAAAUGAAGAACAAUGCCAUCGUUUGCAACAUUGGCCAUUUCGACAACGAGAUUGACAUGCACGGGCUCGAGACCUACCCUGGGGUUAAGAGAAUUACAAUUAAGCCCCAGACAGACCGAUGGGUUUUCCCGGAUACCAAGUCAGGAAUCAUUGUCUUGGCGGAAGGACGACUCAUGAACUUAGGUUGCGCCACUGGGCACCCUAGCUUCGUGAUGUCUUGUUCGUUCACGAACCAGGUGAUUGCACAGCUGGAGCUGUGGAAGGAGAAGAGUUCUGGGAAAUAUGAGAAGAAGGUUUAUGUUUUGCCUAAGCACCUUGAUGAGAAAGUUGCCGCUCUUCAUCUUGGUAAGCUUGGGGCUAGGCUUACAAAGCUCACUAAGGACCAGGCCGAUUACAUUAGCGUGCCGGUUGAGGGUCCUUACAAGCCGGCUGCCUACAGGUACUAAGAGAGGAUAUUUCGGAAAACUUAUCAAUGGAACUCUAUGAUGGGUUUUAUUUCACAUUGAUUUCAGUUAGCAUUGCAGUUUUUUUCCCUUGUUGUCUUGAGAUUUUGUGAUGGGUUUGUGUUUGUUGGUGGGUGGUUGGAAUGGGAAAAAAUGGUUUCUUCAUUGUUGAAGAAAACCAAAUGAGUUUGAAUAAGGGUCUUGAGUAUUGGUGGUGUGUGAGUUUUUUAUCUUGUAGCUGCUGCAGUUUAGAAUUUACUGCAUUGGUUAUGGUGCCUAUUUAAAAAAAUGGAAAGAAAAUAUUUUGUUA